AAACGCCCUUGUUGAUAAAAUUGUCCAAAAGGCCGCAAACUAAUAUAAGCAGUCGAUUGAAACGUCAUCUAUAGUUUUUUAGUUAAAAUUUUUUUUAUACAAUUUGAGUUAUAUUAGUUGCAUAGAUCGCACCAGAGACAACUUGUGAAAUUAAAAAAAAUAAAUUAAAAUUCAAAAAUUUUGACAUAAUUUAGCGUUAAUCAUGAAAAGCUCAUUUCAAACUGUUCUUCACCUUAUUUUGAUGGUAGCAGUCCCAUUCUUCGUGGUAAUGGUCGCGCUUUACUUAGCGUUUGCCUUUGGGGCCUUUGGGCCUGCCUCGGAAAGAUGUGACGCUCUAUGCUGUUAUUUAGCAAAUAAAACUCUAAAUAUUUACGACAAACGCGAUCGCGAAUACAUAGAAUAUGAAUUUGAACUUGAUGCCCUUAACAAAAGAUCUAUUAGUUCUCUUAGCCAAACCUUCACUCUUGCAAAGUGUAAGGAAUCAGAGAAUCCAGCAAUUGCCGCUCUUCUCGGAAAGCGAUAUAUUGAUGCAAAAGAAGGAUUUUUCAAAUGUGCUGUUGGUGUUAUUGCGCGAAACUGGGCCCUAGCUGUUGAUGACUGUGUUGAAAAUUUGGGCGUUCUGAGAUUAGGGUCGUCAUGGUGGUCUUUCGGGGGAGUGACAAAAAGGGUCAAUAAUGUCAUUUUUUCUAAUUUUGGUUUGGUUUUGCUACAUUUUAAUGCAACUGACGAUAAGGCAUUUGAAAUUGCGAAACUUGAUCGAUUUGUACAGAGCUUUACUUGGGAUAGGAGAGUGGAUCUCCCGUUGGCACAAAGGCAAAAAUUCAACAAAUUGCUCAGUUUUGAUGUUCGUGUUUAUCAACACGAGGACUGUACGGGUUUCAUCAAACAGAAGCAUGUUUCUUGUUACAUUUCAAGCAGGAACGAGUUUUGUGGAAAAAGGGUUAAUGCUCCAAUGAUCGACCAAAGUAACAACUUGGUGGGAAUGCAUUUGGAGACUUUUUGCCCAAAAAAUGAAAGUUAUGCGAUUGUUUUUUACAUUGAUGUUUAUUCUUACAAAACCUGGAUUUUGGACAUGGUUAAUAAAUUUUGAACACACAAAUUUCGUUUUUUUUAAUCACCUAGUGACCGUUUCUUGAGUGACCACAAGUGCGUACCAAGUGACAAGCAAGUCAAAUUUCGUAGAAUGUUUUUGAUACCACAAGACCCAAAAGGUGUUCGGCCCAAAACAUGUUGGACGAAAAGAUCUGCCUUUCAAACGGGUCUCAUUUUGAUACUUUUUGUGGCAGUUCCAUUUUUCAUAGUAAUGGUUGCUCUGUACGGGCAUUCUCUAACGGCCUGGAAGCAAACAGAAAAAUGCUUUCGGUUGUGCACUUUGCUUCGCAAUUGGAAAAUGAAACGACAGCUUACAGAUCCCACGGAUUAUCCCAGUUUUCUUGAAGAGAUAGCAUCGAAAGACAUAGAAGACAUGGAAAGACGCAAACGGGAUGCUGCGACUUUGAAUCAACGCGGCAACGACAAUGAGAUGCUCAGUAUGAAACUGGAGCAAAAAAGAAAAGAAACCGAAGAAAAAUAUGAAGAAGAAGGCUUGAGUAUUCAACAUUACUUUCCUGUGGCAGCUUUACUAGAAAAGAUGUACUUUGACGGAAAUGAAGAUCGAUUUAAAUGCACAAUUGCAAAACUUUCAACCAACUGGGCACUGACAACGACUGAUUGUUUUAAUUAUAAUAGCGACAAUUGGGACUUGUUAUCAGUUCGCAGCAACUCGCAUUACUGGUCUAAAGGUGGCUUAAUAAAAAAAAUAGAAAAUGUUUUUUGGUACGAGAAGCUCGUGGCAAUCAAAUUAAAAUCUGAUCAAGCUUCUACACGAUUUUACAUCUCCCAGUUUGUAAAUGUUUCAAAUAGAGAACAAAUAUUCUAUUGGGACGUUAAUCUACAUCUUCCAUUACAAAAAAGAGUGAAAUUUGGUGAACUCCAAAUUACAAAUAUGCCCCUAGAGAAAGCACUGCAUGUGCCCAUAUUUGAUUACGGCAAACAUUUGAUUGGUUUCCAGUCGUUUAAAUUCACUUACAAAAAUGUAACCGCCUAUCGUUCUUGGUUAAGGGAACUGGGAGCUUUCCCAUAAAUGUGUUUCUCCUGCUGUUCAUCGAUUGUUUCAAACCAUGGUAACGCUGGGCUAUAAUACAAACACACGUCAUGCGUUA